ACACACAUCGGUCACACGUACUCGACCCUGCCUCCAGUCCAUAGCCAUACACCACCACCUUCCUCCCAAGUCCCAAGCGAACAAACACGCGAUCGCUUCGAUGGCGACUCUGCGGCGGUGCUCCGGGCUGUUGCUCGCGGCGGUGGCGCUGGCGCUGGCGGCGGGGAUGGCGGCGGCGCAGGGGCCGGCCGGCGCGCCGGCGCCGGCGGCCGGGAUCAGCUCGGAGUGCAUGACCGCGGUGCUCAACAUGUCCGACUGCCUGCCGUACGUGGAGAGCGGGAGCAAGACGCGGCACCCGGACAAGGCCUGCUGCCCGGAGCUGGACGGCCUGCUGCAGUCCAACCCCGUCUGCCUCUGCCAGCUGCUCGCCGGCGGCGCCGACUCCUACGGAAUCAGCGUCGACUACAAGCGCGCCAUGGCGCUGCCCGGCGUCUGCCGCCUCAACGCGCCGCCCCUCAGCGCCUGCGCAGCUUUUGGAGUCCCCGUGGGGCCUUCUUCGGCGCCAUUAACAGGAGUGCCCUCUCCAUCCGCUACAGGACCACUGAUGCCUGAGAACCCGCCAUCCGCAACGCCGUCCAAGUCGAAGUCCCACGCCCCGGGCCGCCUCAACGGCCGCGGCCUCGUCGCCCUCGCCGCGCUGCCGCUGGCGAUCACGGCCGCCGCCAUGUUCUAGGGCAGCAAGAGUUCGCGGACGUGUGGCAUUGUGCCGGUCUCACACGCUUGGCCCGAUGAGAUCACAUUCUUCUCCAUUCUUGCCUCACAUUCUCAUUGCUGUACACGAGAGAUUAUUUUUCUGGUUGAUCCAUUUCCUUGUCGCAAUUCCCUUACCUGUGUGUAAUCUGCUAGAGAUGGUUGACAGUCUGUGUAUUACGUAGAUUUGCAUUGCUGCUACUAAAUUAAUUCUUUCGUUA